AGAGGGGGAAUCUAUUAAAAAGCCUCCCUUAAAAUCCCUGCGCAGUGAGUGACCCACCGGACUUGGGGCGUAGGUGCAAAGGACCAGAGGCUGCUGCUCUCUCUGCAUCCGCAGGCUGAGCUUUGCCUAGUUCCCCAGAGGGCUGGGAAGAGCAGGGCUUGGAGAGGGGAGGAGAGAUCCCCCUGUGGAGGGCUCUGAGAGAGGCAGGGGGGGCCAUUUACCCUGAACAGCCUGCAAGCCCCAGAAGGAAACCAGAGAAAGGGAGGCAUUUCUGAAGCAGCAGGCGGCGAAGCUCCAGAGGACACCCACCUGCCAUAGGGAUCCCAGAAGCAGCCGCCAGCCAAACCAACCCCUCUCCCCGGCCCCCAGAUCUUUAAAAGCGGCGGGGUGGGGGGUUAAAGACAAGGAAGCAAAGGGAUCCAGAGCAAAGGCAGCGCAGGAACAAGAUGGUUGUGAAUCUUAAUCUAUCUCAGCCUUAACAAAAAUUGGGAAAGAAAAAAUGGAUCCUUUAUAUUUUUCCAGUGCUUUUGGCAUGGAGGUCAGUGCCCAAGAUGUAAAUUCUUCCUCACUGAUGAACAUGACGGGGAAUAGGACUAUGCCAGGACUGCCUGUGUCCAAAGACGUUCACACAGUUCUUAUCUCUAUCAUAUAUCUCCUUGUAUGUGCAAUCGGACUCAGUGGGAACACCUUGGUCAUUUAUGUGGUUUUGCGUUAUGCCAAGAUGAAAACAGUCACCAACAUUUACAUCUUGAAUUUAGCAGUAGCCGAUGUACUCUUCAUGCUUGGCUUGCCGUUCCUGGCUACUCAGAACGCCAUCUCUUACUGGCCCUUUGGCGCCUUUUGGUGUCGGCUCGUUAUGACCGUAGACGGCAUUAAUCAAUUCACCAGUAUCUUUUGCUUGACUGUCAUGAGUAUGGAUCGCUACCUUGCAGUAGUUCAUCCCAUCAAGUCCACCAAAUGGCGGCGUCCAAGGGUGGCCAAACUGAUCAGUACAACAGUCUGGACUUUCUCAUUCUUGGUGGUUCUUCCAGUCAUUAUAUUUUCAGAUGUUCAGGAACACCUUCACACCUGCAACAUGAACUGGCCAGAGCCAGUAAACAUAUGGUCAGCAGCCUUCAUCAUUUACACGUCGGUUUUAGGAUUUUUUGGACCCCUGAUGGUGAUCUGCCUCUGCUACUUGCUGAUCGUGAUUAAGGUCAAGUCUUCUGGGGUCCGAGUUGGGUCUACAAGGCGCAGACGGUCAGAGAGGAAAGUGACCAGGAUGGUGGUCAUCAUUGUGGUUGUCUUUGUGUUUUGCUGGCUCCCAUUUUAUAUACUGAACAUUGUUAAUUUGAUAUCCACCUUGCCAGAAGAACCUGGGUUACUUGGUGUUUACUUCUUUGUGGUGGUUCUGUCCUAUGCAAACAGCUGUGCCAACCCCAUACUUUAUGGAUUUCUCUCUGACAACUUCAAGCAGAGUUUUCAGAAAGUUUUAUGUCUCCGGAAGGGGAAUGGUGUUGAAGACGGAGAUCCAACCAAGCACAGGCAGGAGAACAGCAGCCGCUUGCAAGAAGCAAUGCUAACCCAGAGAAACAUGGAAUUCAAUGGACAUAUGCAAACAAGUAAGGUGUAAGGUCCUGGCUUGAAAAACUGUAAAUAAACUGCAGAGCUGAAAAACUGGGGGGAUCAAAAUCAGAAAUGAAACUGAAAUCCUGAGACCCACAAGCUCAUACAAAUGUACAUAGAUUCCCCCUCCCCCAUGAAAGAAUUAUGGACUAUACUGGAUUCUGUGGAAUGCCCAAGGCACUGUAGCUAAAGCAAUCAGACGUGUUAUCACUUUCUCUUUCUAUAUGCUGGGGGACAAAUUUACCAGUACAUUCUGGCUGCUCUGUGCCAUUCUGGUGAUGCAAAGCAGCUGUGACCUUGUUUUAACCAUCCUAUUUGCUUUUUGGUCAGCAAAAAGCAGAGAGUGUAUUGGUUCAUUUGCCCCAAAGUAUUCUCAAAAGUUUGUUAAGUGAAUGUUUUAUAUUAAAAAAGGAAAAAGCACUAUUUCUUAAGUGGAAGUUUUCAAAGGAACAGCUCACAGCACUAAUUUACUGAUCUUGGAAGCAUGCGUAUGCCAUAGUUUUGAGGUGCUGCUUAACCAUUUGCAUUGUUUUACUGUAAUUAAUCCACAUAAGAGACUCCAAACGCAGUGCCCAGAAGUGUCUCAAAUCCCUUGAAAAAAAACCCAGAAAUAAAAAUACCUUGAAAAAGAAUUAUUAAAUGAAUGUGAAAUGGAAAAUUCAUUCAUAGUGCCGUAUAACAUUCUAAACCAAACUGCUUAUGAAAUGUAAUGCCGUCACUUUAUUACUAUGUAAAUGACAGUGAUUGUGAAGUCCUGAAAAGCUGUUUUGUGUCUAUUUAUUGGCUCUGAAUGUAAGUGUGGAUCUGAAUUUAAAUCGUAUUUUCAGAAAUUAAAACAAGUUGAAUUCCCUC